AAAUGUUGUAGAAUUUACAUGAACUAUUCUUCUUUUUAAAUAUCCCGAACAAAUAGUAAAUACACAAUGCCUUCCCAAGAAUUCACUGACAAAGCUGCUGCCGUCCAAUCCUUAACCAAACGUCCUUCUGAUGACGAAUUAUUGAAGUUGUACGGUUUGUAUAAGCAAACCACCGUUGGUGACAACGAAACUUCCAAGCCAGGUAUGUUUGACUUGAAGGGUAAGUACAAGUGGCAAUCUUGGGCUGACUUGAAGGGUACUUCUCAAGAAGAUGCCGAAGCCCAAUACAUUGCCUUUGCUGACGAAUUAUUGGCUAAAUACCAAUAGAUUACAUAGUUAUAAUAUAUGCUUGAUUAUUGAUUAC